AUGGAUACGAGCUAUCUCGCCCAGCAGGUCACAACCAUCAUCGGCCAGCUGCAUGGCCUGUUCGACGACAUUGGCGUCCCCAGCCAUGAGCGGGACGAGCGCGAGGCAGAGCUUUUUUCCGCCCUGUCUGAAACACUCCACAACCAAUUGCGCCAGGUGACCGACGAAAAGCACGCCAUGGCCGAAGAGGCGCAUCGCCUGCUCACGACAAUCCGCCAGAUGGAGGCCUCGCUCGACGACAACAAGUCGAAUCCGAAUUACGAAGACGACGACCAUGACAGCGCCAUCACCUUCCCCCUGACGCGCUGCCUGCAGAACCUCAAGGAAAAGUACAACUCGGUCAGCAAGCGACACCAGGAGCGCUUCGAGCAGGUCAGGAAACUGGCAGAGGCUCUCGAGUCGUAUGCGUCGCAUCUCGAGCCCUCGUUUGUCCAAGUCAAGCUCCCGCCCACCGCGCCCAAUGCGACCGUCUCGCCCACGUUCGACAUAUCCCCGGCCUACGUCAACCAGCUGGACCACGAGUUUACACGCAUAUACGAAGAGUACACACGGCGCAUCAACACCGUGCAGGUGCUCUGUCAGGAAAUCAUUCAGCUCUGGGCCGAGCUAGGGACACCACAGGCGCAGACCGAUAGCGCCGUUGUCAAGUACCAUCGCGACGCACCCGAGCAACUGGGUCUGCACAAGGAGGACCUUGCGCAACUGCAGGCCAAGAAGGAGCGCUUGGUCGAGGAGAAGCGCGGGCGGGAACGACGGCUAGGGCAGUUGCGCACAACCAUUGAGGAGUUGUGGGAUCGUCUGGGUGUCGAGGAGCGCGAGCGCAAGCAGUUUCUGAACAGCAACCGCGGAUGUGGCCUGCGCACCAUCAACGAGUACGAGGACGAGCUGGCGAGGUUGAAUGAGCUCAAGCGCCAGAACCUACACCUGUUUGUCGAGGAGGCGCGGUGCCAGCUCCAGGACCUCUGGGAUGCCCUGUACUUCUCCGAGGAAGAGAUGCUCGACUUUACGCCCGCCUUCUCCGAUGUCUGCAGCGACGCGCUCCUCGCUGCACACGAAGCGGAAAUCGCCCGCCUCGAAGCACUCCGGGAACAGCGACUGCCCAUCCUCCAGAAGAUUGACCGCCACCGGGAACUCAUCAAGGAGCGCGACGAACUGCAGCAGUCGAGUCAAGAUGCCACACGUCUCAUGGCUCGCGGGAACAAGGGGGAGAGGCGCGACCCAGGCAAGCUUCUGCGCGAAGAGAAGAUGCGGAAGCGCAUCGCAAAGGAGCUGCCCAAAGUUGAAAGUGAGUUGAAGAGCGUCCUCGAAAACUGGGAAGACGAGUAUGGUCGACCAUUCCAGGUCCACGGCAAACGAUACCUUGACGAGCUGUAUGCCUCUGCUGCCAAGGCUGCGCCGCCCCGCGCAAAGACACCCUCCAACACGGGCAUGCCAAGCAAGUCGGCGACCGUGUCAAGGUCGACAGCUCCCAGCCGUGCUGGCACGAUUCGUGGAGGCGCACCGCCCACGCGUUCAAAGACGCCUGUGUCGAAUUACGGCGCAAGUGUCUCACGGCAUACACUUUCCAGCUCUGUUUCGUCCGUUUUUAGUGCGUCGACAUCGACAACAGCGUCAGCGUCGACGUCGACGUCGAUAUCCACUGCGGCUCAAAAGAGCCCUUCCAAGAUACCUUCGCGCACACAACUAGGCGGCACACAGGGCAGGAACUCGCCUGAACGCCGAAUGCAGCCGCCUGCACGAGAGGAUGCGGCGACGAUGCGGAGAAAGGCGCCGCCCAUGGCACCUCCACCACGGAUGAAGGAUCUCUUUAUACCGCCGGAGCCAUCGCCCGUGGAGACGCCCAUGAACCGCUUCGCCUUCAACCGUGGAGAGCGCAGCGAGAGCAUUGUGCGCAACGUAGCACCCGAGGACCCCUAUGACGAUCGACCAUCUUACGUAAGGCACAGCCAAACGAUGAGCGCAGGCUACAUUCCCGCGUACCCUACACCGUCGGUGUCGUCGGGCAGCAGCCGGCAAAUCUCGCAAGCGUCGUCGACAGGGACGGCAGCGACGGGGGUGACGAUGCAGUCCGGGUCUGAGAACUGGGAGACGUUCAGCGAACAGUCGGACGAUGCACCGGAAGAAGAGGUCGACUUCCAUCAGUACAAGCGGCAGAUGAAGCGGUACACGCCCGAAGGCGGACAUGCAUCUAGCCCGCGGCCCGUCCAAGGCAAGAAGAUUCGCGGUAUCCGCAACGUAGGCGGAAGCGGGUCUAUAAGCGAGCACGAGGGCAGCCUGGUACCCGUGGUUGAAGGGUCUGACGCAGGUUGGACUGACGACGGCGACGGGUACUGA